AUGGCCCAUGUGCUAAGCCUCCGCUACCACAACAGCUUCAUCGAUGUAGAGCCAGUGGCUCCUCUUCUACGUCGUGCCAGCAGUGCUCCUGUCAUGGACCGAGUGGCUCCCUGGGGUGCUAACAAAAACGAAGAGGACAAGUUUUUGUAUGUUCAGGCACUCUCGAAGAAGCUUCAACAAAAGUGGCAAAGCGUGAGUGGUGUGAUGUGCAUGCCUCCAGAGCAAAUGCAGCUUGAUAGUAUCCCAAGCUUCGGCAGUUUGGGGCAUCCAGAUGUAUGCCACCGUCCUUGCAUGUACUUCCAGGCCGGGCUUUGCCGCAAUGGAAGUGCUUGUACUUACUGCCACCUCUCCCAUGAUGAGAAGCAGGUGAAGUUGGACAAGAAGCAAAGGGUGCUGAUGCAACAUAUCAGCUACAAGGAGCUGGUGGUUCUCACCCUGCCUUUCGUCCGACAACGGAUUCAAGAGAUGACCGUCGACGCUUCAGAACUUCUUUUUCUUUUAGAGACUGAGGCAGCGGAUGCCAACUUGCCAGUCUUUCCUCUUCGAGAGGGGCGGAACGUGUCAAGGGUCUUGGCUCGAAUGAACCUUUCCAAGUUGAUUGGCUUAGUGCAACACAAGAUCUCCAGUCAGAGCGAACUUGAGAAGGUGAACCUGUCGGAGAGUCUGGAUGCUGCACUGGAGAGGAUUCGGGACCAUUUCAUUCUGAAGGAAUGA